AUGGUACCAGAGAUGGAACUUUCCCACACAGUUGGUGCCAUUGAUGGCAAGCACGUGGCCUGUAAAGCUCCACCUAACUCUGGCUCAGAAUUCUACAACUACAAAGGCUUUUACAGCGUGAUCCUGUUUGCCAUGGUGGAUGCUGACUACAAGUUCACCUACAUUGACAUCUCAGGCAAUGACUCAUCCUCAGACGCUCAGAUCUACAAUGAAAACCCCCUACCCAAUGACAAUCAGAAUGUGCCUUACUUCAACAUCGGAGAUGACGUCUUCUCAUUGCGGACCUACCUCAUGAAGCCGUACAACACCAGAAAGCUCACCCAUGAAGAAGGCAUCUUCAACUAUCGGCUGUCCAGGGCAAGACGGGUCGUGGAGAACGCAUUCGGCAUCCUGGCCAACAGGUUCCAGAUUUUGCUCAUCACCAUGCAACAUCACCAUGAAACUGUCCGAACCAUCGUGGAAGCUGACUGCAUUCUCCACAACCUGAUGCGCACACGAUAUCCAGUGCUCCAGAACAGACUUGUGGACCGUGCACAACCAGAUAGCAACCUGCAGCCUGGGGCAUGGAGAGAAGGACGGAACUUGGAGGACACUAUCGUUGUGUAA